GGUUUACCUGUGAGAUAUUGUGACGUCUGUUGACUGUAAGUUUCUCAAGAGAGAGUCUGGUAUUCUGCAGGAUGGAAGCUGACAAGGGGAGACUCACCUGCAAUCUGGCAUUUCCUGUCUUUGUGGCAUCAAUUGGCUCUCUGCAGUUUGGGUAUAACACAGGAGUGAUCAAUGCUCCAGAGAAGAUUAUUCGAUCGUUUUAUAAUGAUACAUUCAUCCACCGAUAUCAGAAAAGCAUCAGCAAUGAACUCCUUCUCUCGCUCUGGUCUCUCUCAGUGGCUAUAUUUUCCAUUGGCGGGAUGGUGGGAUCUCUCUCUGUCGGCUUCUUCGCAAAUAAAUUUGGAAGGAGGAAUGCUAUGCUCUUGGUGAAUAUUACAGCAUUGCUAGGAGGAGCUUUCAUGGCAUUGUCCAAGCUGGCGUGGUCUCCAGAGAUGCUGAUUAUUGGGCGUUUCAUCAUUGGGAUUUUCAGUGGGUUUGCCACUGGCUUGGUGCCCAUGUACAUAGGAGAGCUGGCCCCCACCCGGCUACGUGGAGCCCUGGGGACACUCAACCAGUUGGGCAUUGUGGUUGGCAUCUUGAUUGCACAGAUUCUCGGUCUGGAAUUUAUCCUGGGCUCUGUGACACUGUGGCCUGUGCUACUUGGCCUCACAGUGUUCCUCUCAAUCAUCCAGUGUCUUCUUCUUCCUCUCUGCCCAGAAAGCCCCCGUUACCUCCUCAUUGUCAAAGGAGAGAAUGCAAAGGCAGAGGAAAUUUUACAGAAGCUACGCGGUGCUGCAGACAUACAAAAAGAUAUCCUGGAAAUGAAAGAGGAGAGCGCCCGGAUGGCUCAGGAGAAACCUGUAUCCUUCGUGGAAUUAUUUCGUAAUAGGCAAUAUCGGCAGCCUAUUGUUAUUGCAAUUGUCCUGCAGCUAUCACAGCAGCUCUCCGGAAUCAACGCUGUAUUUUAUUACUCCACCAAUAUAUUUGAGCAAGCUGGAGUUCCAAUGCCAGUAUAUGCAACUAUUGGCGCAGGGGUGGUAAACACCGUAUUUACUGUGGUCUCGCUCUUCCUGGUUGAGCAUGCUGGACGCCGGACUCUGCAUCUCAUUGGUCUUGGGGGGAUGGCUUUCUGUGCUCUCAUAGUGACCAUCGCCCUCAGAUUCCAGGUAGUCGCUAAAGGCUGGAGCUACGUGAGCAUUGUGGCGAUCUUCGGCUUUGUUGCCCUGUUUGAAAUUGGUCCGGGCCCGAUCCCCUGGUUUAUUGUGGCGGAGCUAUUUAGCCAGGGACCUCGCCCGGCAGCAAUGGCUAUAUCUGGAUGCUCUAACUGGACGGCAAACUUCCUUGUGGGAAUCUUAUUCCCAUAUGCAGCGGCCGGCUGUGGUCCUUACGUCUUCCUCAUCUUUCUGGCGCUGCUCAUUUUUUUCUUCAUUUUCACCUUCUUCAAAGUCCCAGAGACCAAAGGACGCACCUUUGAGGAGAUUGCCAAGGACUUCCAGCAGCCACAGAUCUCAGACAACAGAAGCUUCUCUGAAAAGCUGCAACACUUCUUUUUGUGUCACUGUUGCAGUAAGAGCUCUGGGGCAGAGUCCAGUGCCCCUCACAAUAACAUAGAGCUGACAGGAGUGAAAGGGGCAGAAUAAAGGGUCAUGUGAUUCAUUAACCCUUGUCUGUCUCUGAUCUGCAGAUAAUUAUAGCACUUAUUGCACAUAGAGGUGUGCAGAGCAUUAGUCUAGGGAAAUGAACAACCAGUGCUCUGCAGACUAUAAGACUGUGAGUACAAUCUUUCAUAUGUCUGCUGUAACAAGUUCCUGCACCCGGUGAUUGGAUUAUAUAUAUAUAUAUUUAACACAUCAAACUGCUUUAGGUGAAUACAUUUCAAAACAUUCUUGCUUUGUAUACAGACAUUAGUUUGUGCAUGGAUAUUUAUACAGGCUGGGAAUUCUGUUUUAUUGCUGGGAUCUAACAUGGAGAAGAUAAUGGUUGUCACUAGGAUCUACUUGGAACAUAUAGUAAAUGUUACUGGGAUCUACUGCAGAUACUGUAUUUCUGGAAUCUUUUGAGUUUUUUGUAACUGUCCCUGGGAUUCUAUGCGUAUUAAAAUGUUCAUAUGUGUGACUGAUUGUAAAGGUAUUUGAACCUCCUAAAUACAUGAAACUGUUUUUUAGUAAUGCAAAUAAACAAAUUAAAUAUUUA